GUGUUUUUUUCUUUUUUUUAUUCCUAUCAACUAGUAAAUGUCUAAAAAUAAUCUACCAAUAAACCAAGAGAGAAAACAAACAUUAAUUUGUUCUCUCAUAUGGAAUCUCUGAGUAAAGAUCCAAGUCCUUCUGAGGCUCCAGGCAUCAUUUCUACAACUGAAGCUCCCCCAUCACCAUGUCAGAAAGCGAAGGAGAAGAAGCAAGUAAUAGUUUUACAGGAAGAAGAAGAAGAAGGAAAAGUGAAGGACCAUGAAGAACAUGAGCCAAAACAGACUCUUGUGUUCGAUCUAAACCUCAAUAGAUAUGUUCCAAUUCAAGAGCUCAAUCUCAUUGACUGCUUAAACAACAUGGGUUCUUCUUCUUCUCAAGCUACUGAUCAAUCUGAGCAAAGAGUCUUCUCAUGCAACUACUGCCACAGAAGAUUCUACAGUUCACAGGCGCUUGGAGGGCACCAAAAUGCCCAUAAAAGAGAGAGAACUCUAGCAAAGAGAGGACAAAGAAUAGGCACAACUGCUUUUGGUGGGCAGCCAUAUAAUUAUCUGCACCACAAUCACUAUUCUACUAUAUCCUCUCUUCCUCUUCACGGUGGACAUAAUAGGUGUCUUGGGAUUCAAGCGCACUCAAUGAUCCAUAAACCAACUCAUGCAACAGCCAAUGUGUACGGUCACAACAACUGGUCUAGGCUUCCUAUUGAACAACAACCAGCCGUAGGAAGAUUAUUAUCAGUGGACAAAUUUCAUGCAAGUUCAACAGGACCGUCAGCUCGAGCUAGUGUUGGUAAAUUCAACUCUUACAGAACUCCGAUGGGUUCUUCUCAGGUGGAUGAACAAGGCACUAGUAAUUGUAAUUGGUGGAAAGGUGGUGGAGGUGUUGGUAGUGGUUUCAAGAGUUCUAAUCAGGAAGAUACGAAGAAGCUUGAUCUGUCUCUCAAGCUCUAAUUAAUCAAGUUUCUCUUAAAUCAGGUUUAUAAUUUUUAUUUUUUUAUAAUGCUGAAAUUUCCUGAUUGAGUAUCAAUAGAAACCUGUGAGAGAGAGUCAUAUUGGUUUGUCUGUUGCAACCUAAGCAUGACUCAAAGACAUAGAAUCUUGUAAAAGAAGUUGCAAAAAGCUCUUUAAAAAAUUGAGAUUGAUUUCUAUGAAACCCAAAUGCCCAAAAGCAAACUGAUUAA